AUGAAGGGCGCGGCGAGCUUUUCACUCGCCUCGCACGAGAAGAAGGCGGAAGGGUUUUUGCGCUCCCUUCUCGCGACCUUCAGAGACAGCGGACGAAGUCGAGGAAGCGAAGGAGAGCGGCGCUUCUGGUUCAAGGCGCCCGGCCUGCCUGCAUCCGGCGUCGCCGCGGCCGUCGCGCUCCUCGCAGUUUCGCAGUCUCGCCCGUCGUCCUCCGAGCGUCCUCUCCGCGCCUCUAAAUCUUCGCUUCUUCUCCCUCCGUCUCGUCGUCUCCUCCGCUGCGCGGAGAGCGCCUCCAGCGACGCGCCCUUGCGGCUGCAGCAGGCGGAACCGCGUGCGUCUCCGCCGGCCUCGUUGUCAUCUGCAACGCUCGCGGUGGCGCCAGUCGCGCGCUCAGCCUUCGCGUCGGCUCGCGGGCCUGCGGCGGCGUGUGCGGCAGCGCCCUCGAGUGCAGCCAAGAAAAGCGGAGAAGGCGCGAAGAAGAAAGGCCCGCGGCAGCAGAUUCUCUUCUGGGGCGACAAGGCGGCGAUCCCUGGCGGCGCGGCGAGCGACUUCCUCGCGCCGACGGAGAUUAGCUGGUUCGGAGAGCAAGCGGCAACGCGCGCUCCGUGGCGGCAUCUUUCUUUCGGGCCAGCUUUCGGUGUCGCGCUCAACGAGCAAAACGAAGUCGUCAUCUGGGGCUCCUUCUCUCCCGAGGAGGAGACCGGCGGAACGGAGGAGCAGAGAACGAACUCCGAGCUGCGUAAGCAUUUCAUCUCGCCCGUUUACCUCAAGCUGCCCUUCCUCGUCGCCGACGCGCAGUGCUCAGCCGCAGAAAUUUUUUUGCUCUCCACAUCUGGCCGCGUGUUCAUCCUCGCCGACCUCGCCGAGCUCUUCCGGCGCCUCUCUGAGGCGCCGGAAGUCGUGCAACACGGCGAUGACGUCUCCGUCGAGGUCGAUGCCGAGGGGACUGUCUCCGCCUCCGUCCCCUUCCUUCGCCUGCGAGGUCUUCCGCCCGACAGCGGCGCGGAGGCGGCCGGCGAGAAGCUCGACGAAGGCGCGGAGAAAUCGCGUGGAAGUUUGUGGCUGAGCCGUGCGAGGAACGCAGUUCUUCAGUGGACAGGCCUCGCAGAUCGCGUCGUGAAAAUGAGCGUUGGAACGACACAUGCGGCUUUCGUGACGCGCGACGGAUCUCUCUACUGUUGCGGCGCGAAUCUGUACGGCGAGUGCGGCGUGGAGCCUCGGCCGCUCGACGAGGCCUCGCUACACGUCCGCAUGCACCGCGUCGACUUCUCCAACGCCGACGUCGACUGGGGCGCGACGAAAACGAGCGCACCCAAGAUUGCCGACGUCUCCUGUGGCCUCCACCACACCCUCUGCCUCUCCAAAGAAGGAAAAGUCUACGCCUUCGGCGACGACUCGAAGAUUCAGCUCGGCCUCGGCGACACGCGUUCUAACCAACAGGGUGUCGCAGGCACGACGUGGAUGGAGCGCCUAAAAGGCAACAAAGUCCACAUUCCGCGCGCGGUGUCCUACAGCUACGCAGACCGGCACCUUCAGCACUCGCCCGUCGCGGUGUUGCCCCCGUCAGGCUUCCCAGGAGUGAAGCAGUGCACAGUGACGGCCGUCGCGGCGGGAGAUGAUUUCUCUCUUCUCCUCUUCCAAGAUAAUCACCAAGAGUUCUCCGACACGCGGCUGAAAAGAAAUGCGCUGCUCUGCUGCGGAGAGACGGCGUUUGGGCAGUGCGGACGAACGCUGCAACAGCAGCAGCAAGUCCUCUCCCCAGUUGUCUUUCCGCGCUCCGCCUCUGCGGUCCACUCGCCUUCGUCCCCGGCGGGACGCUCGUCCUUUGCGCUGACCUCCUCGCGAGACCUCCCGGGACCGUCGUCGAUUUUCUGCGCGGAGAAAGUCGCAUGCGGCAGCGCACACUGCCUCGCGCUCAUGAGUUCCGGCAAACUUGUCGGUUGGGGCUUCAACGCCCACGGCCAAGUCGGCGCUGGCGGCAGAGUCAAGGGCGCUGUGAGUCCUCCGCGAACGAUCGCCGUAGACGCUCAGGGCUCCACGGGGCCUUCUGCCGGAUCUGAGUCUUCGCAAGGCGACGAAGUGCAGGAAGGCAAACUCGCGCCGCCUCUUGCCCGCUACCUCUCAGAUGGCGAUGGAACUAACAACUUGGAGAUUCGCAACGUCUUCUGCAAGUUCAACUCGUCUGCGGCGAUCCGAGCCGAGUAA